UCAGGUAGGAAGUCUGUUGUUAGUGCCAUCCAGUGGAUUCCGACUCCCAGUGACCCUGUGUACAGCAGAGCGGAACCCAGCCCAUCUUUUUCCGGUCUUUUUUCUUUGCCAUCCUCUCUCUCACCUUCCGGCACUGUAUCAGACAAUGCUCCCCUGCUAUUCCUAGGGUUUUCAUGGCCAGUUUUUUUGGAAGUGGGUGGCCAGGUCCUUCCUAGUCUGUCUUAGUCUGAAAGCUCUGAUGAAACCUGUCAGUCGUUAGUAACCCUGCCGGUAUUUGAAAUUCCUGUGGCAGAGCUUUCAGCGUCACAGCAACACGCCCCGGUCACAGUACAAGACAUGGUGAUGUGGUUCCCUGACCAGGAAGUGAACCCCGGGCAGCAGCAGUGAGAGCGCCGAAUCUUGACCACUACACCAAAAAGAUAAUCUCCUUUUCCUUAUGGUAAAGACGGCAUCUGACUGAUGAGCAGGGUGGCGAGGCCGCCGAGUGAGGCAGUGGUGCAGACCUGGGAAACAGAGGAGGAUGACAUGGCAGAAGGCGAUUUAGGGUAUGGCCACGGAAGAAGGCCCGGCGGUGUUUAUGAAGUGCAAGCUUCACAUUUAUUUACAUCUAGGAAAAGAUCAGAUGGAAAGAACUUUAGCCCUCCCCCAUUUAUGAGAAAUGGGGAAGAAAAAAGUGGUGCCAUUGUUCAGUAUUCCCAGCAUAAGAGCUUGCAAGAUACAUCUCCUGAAGGGUCCAGAAUUUCCCCUUACAGACGACAAAGCAGCACCGGUUCUAAUUCAGAAUUGUCAAAUGUAGAAUUAAAGCAACGUCUUCAGGAAACUUUAGAGGAGGUAGAAAUUUUAAAAACUGAACUUGAGGCAUCUCAAAGACAACUUGAAGGUAAACAGGAAGCAAUGAAAAUUCUUCAAAGCAUGGCAAUAUUUGGCAAAGCCACAAGUCACACCCAGGCAGUGCUUCAAAAAACUAUGGAACAGAAGAGAUCCUUGGAGAAGGAAAUAAAUGCCUUGCAGUGGGAAAUAGAAUUUGAUCAGAAUAGAUUUAAAAAUAUAGAGGAAUCUUGGACCCAAAAAUAUGACAGGCUAAACUGUGAAAAUGCAGUCCUCAAAGAAACUUUGAAACUGAAAACAGAAGAAAUUAAAAUGCUGAAAUCUGAAAAUGCAAUUUUGAAUCAACAGUAUUUGGAGGCCCUCGCCAUGCUUGAUAUCAAACAGCAGAAGAUGGCUCAGGAAAACACGUGCCAUGAUAAAAGUGGCUUCUCAGAAGUUAGAGGUCUUGAGCUUGCCGUCCUUGGAGCCUGCCUUUGUCAUGGUCCCAGAGGGAGCCCCUGUUCCUGUGCCAAAACGGCAGCGACUGAUCGGAAAAUGCUUCUGCAGCUCAAACAAGAGUUGGAACUUUUGCAGAAGAGUAAAGAAGAAGCUUACAUAAUGGCAGAUGCAUUCAGAAUUGCAUUUGAACAACAAUUAAUGAGGAAAAAUGACCAGGCACUAAGAUUGACACAAAUGGAUAAAAUGUGUAAAAAAGCAACAAAAUGGAUAAAUUGGAAGCACCUUAAAGAGGAUGGACUACCAUCACAAAGGAGUAAGAAGACCUUAGGGCAGAAACUGUUGGGUAUGCUCCCUUCAGAAAACAGUUCUAGGAGGAUUGAAGAGCAGGAUAAUCCUCAGGAAGGCUUUAAGAUGCUAAUAGAUUUGCUGAAUGAUAAAGAAGAAGCUUUGGCUCAUCAAAGAAAUGUUAGCUAUAUGCUUGCUCGGGCACUGGAAGAAAAAGACACUGCUUCAAAGGAGAACAGAGAAAAAAAUCCUCUGGAAGACAAUUUUCCAUUAAAAAACCCUUGGCACAAAACUUCAGAAUUCUCUGUUUUGCAUGAUCCUGUACAUUCAAGUGCUCAAAUUUUUAAUUCUGUGGGCUGCAUUUGUUCAGUCCAGUGCCUUCAUACAGAUCAAAACUACACAAGAACUCUUAAAAGAUCCCGUUCUUUGCCAUCAAAUAUCAUGUUUUGAAGACAAACCAGUUGAAAUUAGAACUGAGAGCUAUUUAUACCAACAGACUUUGAAAAAGGAUUGUGUAAAUGUUGCCACAUAUUCAGAAGUUGUAUGGUUUCUGGGUAUUUCUAAAUUUUAGGAGGCAGCUUAAAUACUCCAACAUUUUCUACAAGAAAUUUAUUAGUAUUUUGUGUUGACAUACUUUAUUUAUAAAUUACUAUAUUUUAUGAAAUUUUUAGUAUUUGCCAACAUGUUAAAAACAAAAAAAUAGUGGUGCCAGCCCCAUGGACUAGUGGUUAAGUUUGGCACACUCUGCUUCAGCAGCCUGGGUUUAUGGGUUCGGAUCCCAGCAUGGACCUACACCACUCAUCAGCCAUGCUGUGGGGGCGACCCACAUACAAAGUAGAGGAAGACUGGCACAGAUAUUAGCUCAGGGCUAAUCUUCCUCAAGCAAAAAAAGAGGAAGAUUGGCAACAGAUGUUAGCUCAGGGCGAAUCUUCCUCAGAAAAACACAACAAAACAAAGAAAAAAAAAAUAGUGAAUUUUGAGAAAAACAAAAAAAGUAAAAAAAAAAAAAUAGUGACUUUCGAGAAAAACAAAAAAAUAUUUAACUAUUUAGACUGACUAUCGGGAUCAGUGACUGGCUGGCUCAAGCAACAAUAUAAUGUAAAUUAAUGCUCUAAGAAAUAAUGCCUAGCAGUGACUGAAUGUUAAUUUUUGAAAUAAAUUUAUCUUGUUUUAUUUGUGUUUUUCAGAAUUUUUCAUUUGCCAUAUAAAGUUUUAAAAUAAUUUCCUUAAGUUAACUUCAAUAAAAAAAUUAUUAUGGUGGGACACUGGGGGAAGUAUAUUCAAAGUCAUUGCUAGUUACCUUCAUGGUUUCUUUUUUUGUCGGAAUGGUGACAUCUUGUAGCCAGAUCUACACAGAAUUCUGGCACUCAGACCAUUCUGAAUUACCUUCCUGGUUUUGACACUGAAUUUUAGGCCAUUUAAUUUUAUCUCCUCUUUCUGUAACUAUUACAUAGUAAUCAUCUUUAAUACCUAUUGGGAAUAUUCCUAUAUUAAUAGCAUCACAGUUAUGUCAAAGAAAAUACAUUACAUCAUCAGCGGUUAUAAUAAAACUUUUAUCUAAUUAUGAUCUCUAGUGAAAAGAUAUAUGGCUAUACUUAAAUGGAUGAGAUAACAAUAGGGUAAUAAGGUAACAAUAUAAACCAUUUAUAGUUGUUAAAGGAACAGCAUUUAGUUGGCAUUAAUUAAUAAUUAGUAAAGUCUGAAAACUUGGCAAAUAAAUUUUGAAAAAUGGGGGAAUGAUAAGAAACUACUGUUAUCAGAUAUUAAAAUGUAUUGUCCUAAUAGUAAUAUAAAGCUACCUUAUUUAUUUUUUUAUUUUUUUAUAAUUUUUAUUUAUUUUUUCCCCCAAAGCCCCAGUAGAUAGUUGUAUGUCAUAGCUGCACAUCCUUCUAGUUGCUGUAUAUGGGACACGGCCUCAGCAUGGCUGGAGAAGCGGUGCGUUGGUGUGCGCCCGGGAUCUGAACCCAGGCCGCCAGCAGCGGAGCGCGUGCACUUAACCGCUAAGCCACAGGACAGCCCUAAAGCUACCUUAUUUAAAGCAGUGUGAUACCAGCAGGUCAAUGGAAUAUGAUAAAGACCAUACACAGAUCUAAUAUAUAUAAUUUAAUAUAAAAUAAAAGGUAAGGAAAGGAAAGAUUUGGGAUUAUUUAACAAUACUAAAAUUGGAAGUUCAAAAAAAAUGACCAAAACUAGACAGGUUCUUUUUUUUUUUUUUGGUGAGGAAGAUCAGCCCUGAGCUAACAUCUGCCAAUCCUCCUCUUUUUGCUGAGGAAGACUGGCCCUGGGCUAACAUUCAUGCCCAUCUUCCUCUACUUUAUAUGGGACACCGCCACAGCACGGCUUGCCAAGCAGUGCGUCGGUGCGCGCCCGGCAUCCGAACUGGUGAACCCCGGGCCGCCGCAGCGGAGUGCGUGCGCUUAACUGCUUGCGCCACCUGGCCGGCCCCAAAAGGUUCUUUUUUAAUAUGUGUGUGUAUACGCAUGUCAUAUAUGUGUAUACAGUCAUGGGCCACAUAACGACGUUUCGGUCAAUGGCAGACCGCAUAUACGACAGUGGUCCCAUAAGAAUAGUACCAUAUAGCCUAGGUGUGUAGUAGACUGUCCAUCUAGGUUUGUGUAAGUACACUCUAUGAUGUUCGAACAACCACAAAAUCACCUAACGAUGCAUUUCUCAGAACAUAUCCCCAUUGUUAAGUGAUGCAUGACUGUAGUAUAUAUAUAAAACAAAUUCAUAUAAAUUGAUAAAAUCUGUAAUGCUCCAAUUGACAGAUGGACAAUCUGAAUCAACAGAUCACAAAAGAGGGAUUAUAUAUGGUUAGCAAACAGGAAGAAAUAUUCAACCAUAGUAUAAAUGAAAGAAAUGUAAAUUAGAAUGAUAUAUCAAAUUAGCAAAGAUCAAAAAAAUUAUGUGGGUGCUAGAGAUGAAAAGGUGAAACAGAUACUUUCAGUGUUGAUGAAUGUAUAUUUCUGAGAUCCUGCAUUCAGUUUUUGGGGGUAUACAGUCAGAAGUGAAAUGGCUGUGUCAUAUGGUAAUUCCAUUUUUAAUUUUUUGAGGAAAUGCCAGUCUUCCAUAGCAGCUGCACCAUUUUACAUUCCCACCAACAAUGUACAGGGGUCCUAAUUUUUCCACACCCUCAGCAACACCUGUUAUUUUCUGGAGUUUUUUUGAUAGUACCUUUCCUAAUAGGUUAUGAGGUGAUAUCUCGUGGUUCUGACUUGCAUCUCCCUAAUGAUUAGCGAUGUUGAGCAUCUUUUCAUAUGCUAAUUGGCUAUUUCUAUGUCAUAUUUGGUGAAAUGUCUAUUCAAAUCCGUUGCCCUUUUUUUAAUCAGUUUUUUUUAUUGUUGAGCUAUACGAGUUCUGUAUAUAUUCUGCAUAUUAACCCCUUGUCAGAUACAUGAUUUGCAAUUAUUUUCUCCCAUUCCAUAGGUUGUCUUUUCAUUCUGUUGAUUAUGUCCUUUAAUGCAUUCAAGUUUUUAAUUUUGAUUUAGUCCAAUUUGUCUAUUUUUUACUUGUGUUGCCUGUGCUUUUGGGGUUAUAUCCAGGAAGUCCUUGCCAAAUCUAAUGUCAAGAAGUUUUUCCCCUAUGUUUUCUUCUAAGAGUUUUCAUAGUUUUAGGUCUUAUGCUUAGGUCUUUGAUCCAUUUUGAAUUAAUUUUUGUAUAUGGUCUAAGACAAGGGGCUUCUUCAUUUUUAGGAACUAUUGAAUUGGGAGUGUAAAUUGAUACAACUACUUGGGAGAUAUACAGCAGUAUCAAUACUAACUGAA